CCAGAUUAAAAUGGUGAGCACUGUACCUCUCCUUGGAGUUCUUCUACUCCUUGGUCAAACUGUUGGAUUAGGAGAUAUUAUCUAUGCUGUUAACUGUGGUGGUGAAGCUCAUACUGAUAUCUUUGGAGUCCAUUAUGAGAAAGAUACUAACAAGGUUGGGGUUCCCUCAGAUUACGGGAAACAGUUAAUGAUUGGUCGAAUACCCCAACAGGACCAGAUCCUUUACCAGACAGAGAGAUACAAUCCACAAACAUUUGGCUAUGAUAUGCCAGUUUCAGAUGAUGGAAACUAUCUUCUGGUUCUGAAGAUGAGUGAGGUCUACUUCAACGCGCCAAAUAUGAAAGUAUUUGACGUGGUGUUAAAUGGAGAUUUAACUGUUGUCUCAGAUCUUGACAUAUUUGAAAGGGUUGGACGAGGGGUAGCCCAUGACGAGUACAUAGAGUUUGAAAUUGAAGACAACAAGAUACUUUAUCAGGGAGAGGAAUCAGAAAUACGAGCUGGAAUGAUCAGGGUUGAGUUUAUCAAGAGCUAUAGAGACAACCCUAAAAUAAAUGCAAUUGCUCUAAUGAAGGGAAAAUUAGAAGAUUGGCCCCAAUUGGCCCCCCUUCCCCUAGAACCUGAGGAGGAGGAAAUUAAUGAAGAUCUUAAGGAAUCCACUAGUAAGCGAAGAAACCCCAGUGGUCCCCGUGUAAACGACCCUUAUGCAGAGGAAGAUUCAAGCUUUCUUCUACCAGUCUUUGUAGCUAUAGGAGCAUUUAUACCAAUCCUUGUCUGCUUAUGCAAAAUUUGAGCUUGUCUUUUUAGUUUAAUAUGUAUCAGUUAGUUUUAAUUAAUGUGAACUUAAAUAUUAAAUGAUAUAUAAGUUACAAUAUUUAACCUUUUUCAUUGAUUUGAGGUAAAAUAGCAAAACAAACAUUGUUCCCAUAACUUUUUUUUUGGAAAGUUAUCGUAAUAAUUAGAAAAUAAUACCUUAAUUUCAAUCUAAAACCCAUCAUACAAUAGUGUAACAUUUAUGCCAUUUACUUUUCAAUUGAUUUCUGCUUAUUUAUGACGUAUAAAUAUCUCAUAAUUGAAUGAUAGAAACUAUCAUAAGCUAAAACAGAAAUUCAACAAUAUUAAACAAAAACUGUUCACUCUGGUAUGGGACCAAUUUCUAUCUAAGAUCAUCGAAAUAUAAAGGGCAUUUUUUCA